AUGACUCAGAUCGAGCAGCGCAAUGGAGACGCGUCUAUUAACCCAGUCUUUGAAACCCUUGGUAUACCUGGGGAUUUGAAAAUUGGUGGAAACAGUGGAGGUCCUCACCCGCGCUCUGUUGAACGGCCAGUUCACCAUCCCGAGUGGGAUAUACCUUCCGCACGUGGCUAUGUGCCUGCUGACACUAUGAUCAACGAGCCGCUGCCUGACAAACCAUUCCGAAUCAUCUUCAUUGGUGCCGGAUCAGCGUGCAUCGAUUUCCUGCACUGGGCUCCGAGCGCUCUCAAAGAUCUGAAUGUGAGUAUCGUGUGUUACGAAAAAAAUGCCGACAUUGGAGGUACUUGGUUGGAGAAUCGCUAUCCGGGUUGUGCUUGCGAUGUCCCUAGUAUAUCUUAUAGUUUUCCGUGGCGUGCAAAUCCCAAUUGGUCUCACUUCUACUCUUCAUCUAGAGAGAUCUGGCAGUACCUGAGGGACAUUGUGGACGACGAGGGGAUGAUGGAAUAUAUUCGCCUACGCCAUCAAAUUGUAGGUGCAACGUGGAACGAGCAGUCGAGUAAGUGGCAGGUGAAAGUAAGAAAUCUCGAUGGCUCAGAGGAAGAGGUUGUGGAAGAAUGCGACGUGUUGCUUAAUGGUGGUGGGUUUCUGAACUCCUGGAAGUGGCCAGAUAUUCCGGGGCUUCAUUCCUUUAAAGGCGAUCUAUUUCACUCCGCAAAUUACAAGGAAGACUAUAACCUGAACGGAAAGAGAGUUGCCGUCGUUGGUAAUGGUAGUUCCGGUAUCCAAGUAGUGGCAGAAGCCUACAAGCACGCCUCAAAGCUAUAUGCAUGGGUUCGCAGCCCAACUUGGAUUAUUGCUGCUAUCGGCCAAAAGAAGGGCAGCAAAGAAGGACAAAAUUUUGAAUAUACCGAGGCACAAAAGGCAGAGUUCGCGAGAGAUCCAGUCAAGUAUCAUCGCUACCACAAAACUGUCGAGAACAGUCUCAAUGGAAGGUUCAGAACUCUUUUGCGAGACACUGCAGAAUCGGAUGAGGUUAAUGGGUUGGCGUACCUCGAAAUGCAAACUAAACUAAAAGAUCGUCCAGAUAUUCUAGAAAAGCUCAUGCCGAAGACCUUUAGCGUGAAUUGCCGCCGGCCAACACCUGGAAGUGGAUAUCUUGAAGCUCUAUUGGGGGAUAAAACAACCGUCCUUCCUGGAAGCAUUCGCGAGGUCACUGCCAAUAGUAUUGUCGAUAUUAAUGGCAACGCGCACGAAGUCGAUGUGAUAAUUUGUGCUACUGGAUUUGACACCUCUUUCAGGCCCCGAUUCCCAAUAAUAGGCAUAGAUCCUAAUACCACCCUGUCUGAAAAAUGGUCCACUUACCCAUCCAGCUAUCUGGGCGUGAGUGUUGAUGGAUUUCCCAAUUAUUUCACAUACGGUGGCCCUUUUACCCCUGUCGCGCAAGGGACAGUUUUGCCUAUCCUGACGCUGUUAACUCACCAUUUCCUGGAGAUUAUAACGACAAUGCGAAAGCAACAUAUUCGUCGUCUGAGCCCUAGAGCAUCUGCUAUUAAAGACUUUGUUGAACAUGCGGAGACUUAUCUUCCCCGUACAACUUGGGCCGAUCCAUGUAAUAGCUGGUACAAGAUGGGCAGUGGUGAUGCAAGGAAGCUAGUGAUGUGGCCUGGAUCUCGACUAUCAUAUUUCGAAUUACUUGAACAUCCCAUGCUCCAAGACUAUGAAAUCGAAUACUGGCGUGGAAAUCGAUGGAGCUACAUGGGUAAUGGGUUUGUUGAUUGGGAAUUUAAAGGAACAAAGGAUCUCACCUGGUACCUCGAUAAGUUUUCAGGUAACCAUGAAAUCAUGAAAGGAGUGCCCUUGAAAGAUUCCUCUGAGUUCUUGGGUUUGGCUGACGGCCGUGUGCCAUGA